AUGUCUGGCGCCGUACUCGUCGAGCGCAUCACCGACUUCCGCACCCCAGAGACCGAGGACGAACCCCGCCUUCCCCUCGCACCCGCACAGGAUGACUUUUCGCGGUGGAGGCCAUUUUACCACAACAUCGCGCCCACCGGCUGGAUGAACGACCCUUGCGCUCCCGGCUACGAUCCAACCACCCGCCAGUACCACGUCGGUUUUCAGUGGAAUCCGAACGGCGCCGAAUGGGGAGAUAUUGUCUGGGGUAACUCCACGUCCCGUGACCUGGUUUCCUGGAAAGUCGCCCCCAAGCCCACCGUCAGUCGCGAUACUGCAUACGACCAUGCCGGCGUCUUCACUGGCUGCUUCCGACCAACUGCACCAAAUGGCGCUCAGGACGGCACUCUUACCUACAUCUACACGGCUGUCAGCAAACUGCCCAUCCACUACACGCUUCCCUACAACAUCGGCAGCGAGAAGCUCGCAAUCGCAACUUCCAGAGACGGCGGCAAGACGUGGAACAAGCCCUCAGGAAACCCGAUUCUGAACGGCCCCCCGAAAGAUGUUCCCGUGACUGGCUGGAGAGACCCCUACGUUGCCCCAUGGGCAAACAUGGCUCAAGCGCUGGGCGGUGAAUAUGCAGAGGGGAAGCUGUUCGCGACCAUCUCUGGCGGUCUUGUCGGAAGAACACCCACCGUUUUCGUCUACGCUGUCGAUUCCUCUGAUUUGUCCAAGUGGGAGUAUCUCGGUCCGUUGAUGGAUGUCGGACUGAACAAGUGCCCGUCGCACUGGUCUGGAGAUCUGGGCGUAAACUGGGAGGUGACCAACUUCAUGACGUUGGCGGACGGCGAGGGUGCAUCGCAAGAAUUCCUGAUCCUCGGUGCCGAAGGCUGCAAGUCCAUCUACCGGCAGCAGCAGGGAAGCAAGCGUGUUCCGCGGGCCCAGCUCUGGGUUGCUGGAGAGAUCCAGUCCAAGGAGGGGCGGACGACUGCCGAUGCACUGAUGGGUUACUCGUACGGCGGUGUUUUCGACCACGGCUUGUUCUACGCUGCCAAUGGCUUCUGGGACCCGGAGACACAGCAGCAAGUUGUAAUUGGCUGGGUCACCGAGGAUGAUCUUCCAGUCGAUCUCCAGAUCAAGCAGCAGUGGAGCGGCUGCCUGUCAUUGCCCAGAAACGCUGGUCUCAUGACCCUCCGCAACGUCCGCAAGGCCCGGAAAUCGAGCCUGAAGUCGAUCAGCUCGAUCCAAGUCGAAGCCGAUGCCAAGGGAACGUCGACGGUGCGGACAAUGAGAAUAUCUCCCGACCGGAGGCUGCAGAAGUUACGCCGCUCCGCGCAGCAGACGACAGUGCCCGCCGCGUCGCUGGCUCCGCUCAACGGAAGAAUUCAGGUGCCCCUCUCAAGUACGAGGUGGGAACUGGACGGCGAGUUUGCCGUGGCACAGACCUGCACACGUGUGGGUAUCGCCGUUUUUCAUUCCGAAGAUGUGGAGUGCCGUACCGAGCUGUACUGGAGCCCCGCGGACGAGGAUUUCGCCGUGGAGCGUCCCGAUCUCGUGCUGGCGGAGUCUUCCGUCAAGAUGCAGACGGAGCACGCUCCUCACACCCUGUUCACGACGCAGGACGUGGCCACAGGGGAGGAGUCGGAGGAAAGGCUGCGGGUUCAGGCUUUCUUUGACGGCAGCGUGCUGGAGGUGUUUGUCAACGAGCGCACCGCCAUCACCACAAGGGUGUACACAAGCGACGCCCGGUGCGUUGGGCUCGCGUUGUUUGCCGAGGGCGAUGCCCAGGUUACCAAGUGCUCGGUUUGGGAUGGAUUGUCGCAGGCGUAG